UUUUAGGCCAAGCUACAAACGUUUUCUCACAUGUGAACGUUUUUCUGCUUUUCCUAAUGAUUAUAAACGGAAUAUCUUUGAGUUCUGGACUGUUGGACGAACAAAUCCAGACAUUAGUAGAUGUGACCGAUUAAUCUGAAACGUUCAAGCUUCCGCGGUCCUGCUCUUAAUACAUUGGCCCUCACUUUUACUUUGAAAGGUGUAACCGGAAGCCUUGUUCCGCACCGCUUGACACUGGUCCCUCCUCAGCAUCAGCACCACCCGUCUCCCCCUCCCUCAUUAAGGCACCACAAACGGGCCAACAGACCACGAACCCCGGGGCAAUGGACGACGUUCCCCCGAUCAUCAACAUCUGCAUCUCGCUGCGGAUCCAGCCCAACGAGGGGCCCGUGUUUUUUAAGGUGGACGGGACCCGGUUCGGACAGAGCAGGACCAUCAAGCUGCUCACAGGCUCCAAAUACAAGAUCGAGGUGGUGGUGAAGCCUGGAAACGUCGAGGCCACCAACAUGAACAUCGGAGGCAUCAUCUUCCCUCUGGAGCAGCAGUCCAAGGAUGAGGAGUCGGUGGUUUAUCACGGCCUGUACGACACCGAGGGCGUCCCGCACACCAAGAGCGGAGACCGGCAGCCUGUCCAAGUCAGUAUAGAGUUUAACAAGGCGGGCAUGUUUGAGACAGUGUGGCAGGCAAAAUACUACAACUACUACAAGAGAGAGCACUGCCAGUUCGGCAACAAGUUCAGCAACAUCGAGUACGAGUGCAAACCCAACGAGACGCGGACCCUCAUGUGGAUCAACAAGGAGGUGUUCAACUGAGUCCGCUCACCCAGCACUGCCCCCGCACCCAGUACCAAAUGGGACACCGGUCGUCCCUGGACUGCCUUUGAACAUCAGCCUUUCCCGAAAGCGAGCGUCACGUCAGCGAGGGUCUGGUAUUUGUAUCAUUUCAUCAAAUGUGAGAGGAACAGCUGUUUGCUAUGCUGGUCUUUCAGGGGGUUGCUUUAAAGCUGCAUUCAGCAGCGCUGCUUGUUGGCGGCUUCAGAAAGAGCAACGGUUUGGAAAGCAUUCAUUUAUACUGCAACUGCUCAGUUGGUCAACAGAGGAAAGUAGAGCAGGAGCACUCACUUAUCUCUGUUCGCCCCUGAGAUUAGUCCAUCACCUCCCGUGUGCAGGGAUUUUCUUUCACUGAUCAAACUUCUCUGUUUAAGUGACAAUCUAUGGUUGGUAAGAGUGAAUGUUGCAGAGUGUAGCUUUAAAGCAGGGGUGGGCAUAAAGGAACAAGUGGACAUAUUGUGAACUGAGCUUUUAGCCAUCUACCAAGACUCAGAGGAGAAGACUGAUAUAAUUCACAUUUGCAUGUUCAGUACAGAGAUUUGUUCAGGACAAGUUUAGCUUAGCUUAGCACAGUGACUAACCCGGGGCAAACUGAGGCCCAUUUCUGACCUCAGCGCUGUGAACGUUAGGCCAGUGUCACACCAAAGUCACAAGAGCCAAUAGUUUAUGAUAGAUAUGUAAAGUGCAGCAUGGAUGCUAAGGACCACACCACAAUGAAGACCAAUGUUCUAUCCUAUUGUCUCCGUCAUCUCUAAAAUUUCCACCCAUGCUUGGUUUUUUAUGUCUCUUUUGGAUCGGAGUGACUCACUUUUCCACCAUUUUUAUCUACAGUAGAUUAGAUUUGCAAAGUUGGAGAAGUUAUUUCAGACGCUCCUGGUUCCUUAAGUAAAAGUCCUGAACUGACUGUGUCCUACUAUGGCUCAGAGGCUUUAAAUGCAGCGGCCAUGUUCCUCACACCUACUAGCAUUGCUUAUGCAAACCUUAGGGAAAACAACUCUAAAAAAUCAAUUAAAUUAUCAAACCGAACCGGUCGUGGCUUCUGAUCAAGCAGCAGCAAACCUUCAAAGGUAUGUCUGUCAUCUUGUCUACGGUUUGGCCAUAAUCAUAUAAAGUGUGUGGCAUUCAUGUGGACGGCAAAGUAAGAAUUUCAUUGUACAAGGAAACAUGUUUCCUCACUGUGCAUAUGACAAUAAAUACUUUGACCUUGAUCUAAAGGUUGCCUGGAGCAAAACCAACAUUUGAAAUCAGUGUUUCCAGUACCAUCCACUGGUCUGACCAGAGCAGCAAAGCAACCUCUUCAGCUUUUAGAGAAUGUUAUGUGACCGAAUCACGGAGAUACAGCAUGUUGACGGUCAGGGAAACUGUUAGCCUGGAGCCUGGGUCCACCUAAAGAGAAAAACAGUCUUGGCCCCGGGGUCAGAGCCGCUUGGUUUUGUUGUAUCUUGUUAGCUAAAAGGCUAAUCAUCAGUCCAGCCGAGGGUCAGCCGGGCUCAGCAGACUGCAGAGCUAGGACCGAGUUCAGGACUUAAAUGCUGCCUUCACACCAUGUCAAUUAAACUGUAACAACAUGCAGCCGAGUGGGAACAACUGUUCACGUCAACUUCCGACUUGUAGUUCUGAUUCAGAGAAAUCGGGAAUUUCUGACCGCUACGACACCCCCCUACUUGGCAGAAAGGAGUGCGGAAGUGUCAGGUCAGAAAGUGGCUUCAAAACAACCACCAGCAGCAGUUACACCUAACUUCACUUGUAAAGUUACUUAGCAAGUUACUGGCAUUGUGUGGUCACACUAAAUACAAUAACGUUAUUCAUGUUAAAGGUUGACUGACACAUUAGCCUCAUAGCCAACGCCUAACCUAAAGCUGGCAUUUCAUUGUUCCAAACAGUGGCUGUAAAAAGCUGAAGCGUAGCCCUAGAUAAUCUGACGUAAAUGUUACUCGCAUUGUGUGCUCAUUCUAAAUAAAGCAGCCUUCAAUUGCAGCAGACUACAUUGUGGAGAGCCACCAUCUUGGACAAACACGUGAACACUCCUGAGUCCAGACCAGCAGCUUCCAGUCUUUGUGCUGAGCUGCUCUAAACCCAGGGCCUGUCACUGUGCUGGACACUCAGACUUCAAUCUUCUCAUCUCACUCUGGAGACGAUGGCAACCCCAAAAUGUCCCAACUGUUCCUUUAUGGGGGGUAAAACGAAGCCUACAAGCUGUGUAGCCCUCCAUAACUAAAUAUAUCACAGCACAAGGCUGAGUGCACCAGCUCGCGUGGUGUUAGCUGAAGACCAGAAUGGAAGACACCUGUGGAUGGAAGAAGUAUUUUACCUUAUUUAAUAACUGUGUGGAUGUGUUUGUGGGAGAUGAGAAACAAUGGUUGAACAUGUGUACAUCUUGUAGUAGUUUCAACUUUUCUUGUUAUGAUUUGUGUUUAAAUGAAAAACCCACCUGCUCUAAAACACUAAACUGUAUUUGAGAAAAUAGCUUGAGGUGAGGUGUGCUGCAUUUGUUGCUUCAUUAAAUACCUUGGUCCAUGUUUGAGUAAAAGUCAGGGUAAUGUAGAAAUAAAUGUGUGCUCCGAGUUUGUCACACCACGGGAAGAUGUGUUAUUAACCACCCAGCCAAAUUUAAAUGAUUAAAACAAUCACCAAGUACAUAAAAUCAGCUCUCAAAAUCAUGAAAAAAUAAGGAGUAUUCUCUGCUCUGAAACAUCGGUGUGUCAGGUGAAUAGGGUGAAACCACAUGCACUCAGGGAAACGUGCUGCCUCUUCUCAUUGUGGAUGUAUUAAGGGAGAACGUAGGCAAGAUGCCCCUGCAGGACGAAGG